AUCUCGAAAAUUCAAUUUGCAUUUACCGCCAGACGUUUUCGGGUAUCAUCACUCUGAACUCUGAAGAGAAGUGUCAUGGAAGCAGAAGAACACUUUCAACUUCCUCGUCUAUCUCACGAAGUUGCAAAUUCUCCGGUUCAAGGAAUGGAAAGCGUGGUGGCAACGGUUAGCGGUUACCACGGCUCCGAGCGGUUCGAUCUCAUCAAGCUGAUUUCACAUGCCGGCGCCAAUUACGUUGGCACAAUGUCAAAAUCGAUAACGCAUUUGGUGUGCUGGAAAUUUGAAGGAAAGAAAUACGAUAUUGCGUUGAAGUUUAGAAUACCUGUAGUAAACCACCAAUGGAUUGAGGAUUGCAUAAAGGAAGGGAGGCGUGUUCCAGAAGAUUCUUAUACCUUGCAGAGUGGACAUGAAGUAGGGCGAUUGUUACUGGAAGUUCCCGUCACUGUUCGGACCAGUAGGUUGACACAGAAAAAAAUCGUCAGUGACAAGUUACAUGAUACAGGGACUGAAAGGCAAAAACCUAACUUCGGUUCUGGAAUUUCAAUAGCUUAUGUUUUGGAAGAUUCUUGUUUAAUGAAAAAGCAUGAUGAAUCAACUUCAUAUUCGUCUAGACUGUCAAAGAAAGGAAAAAGGAACAUUUGUAACGGUAAGGGAGUGAUUACUCUAGCUGGACCUUCUCGUAAAGGAAGAAGACUUACGAGAAAUCUUGAUGAUGUGGUGUUGGCUCCUUCAAUUUUGGAUUUAAGCUCAGAUGACCACCUUUUUAAAGCGGAUAGACUACAAACAGACGCUAAAGCGACAUCUAGCCUUUCUGGUGGUCUCAAUAAUAACACUAUUCUACAAAAUAGUGAAGGACCUAAUGCUGGAUUAAGUACUGAAAAUAGAAUUAUCGAUGGUGGUUCAGAUGAUAUUGAACAGAUCAAAGAUUCAGUUCCUAUAUCAACGCUUAGAAAUUCAACUUUGUUUGUAGAAGAUGCCCUACGUGUGCCACAAACAUCAAUAGAUUUAUGUUCUAGUGAUGAGGAAAAAUUCACCGAUGGUGAUCAGGUUGAUAAUGGUGCUGGCUUACCUACUUCAACAGAGAUGUCAUGUGUUAUAUGUUUCACAGAUUUCAGCACAACACGGGGGAUUCUGCCAUGUGGACAUCGAUUUUGUUUUCCAUGCAUCCAGAGUUGGGUUGAUCAUAGGACUUCAAUGAGAAAAACAUCAACUUGCCCUCUGUGCAAGGCAAGUUUUGUGAUGAUUAAGAAAGUCGAGCAUGCAGCCACUACGGAUCAAAAAGUAUACUCCCAGACAAUCCCAUGUAACAAUUCAGCCUCAGAAAUUUUUAUCCCCAUGGAUCAAGAAUUACCGCAUACUACCUUUGAGUCUACACAGACGGGAGCUUGUGUAAUUUGCCGUGGUCGGGAACCAGAGGAUCUCCUUGAGAAUUGUGAUAUUUGCCAAAUUCAAAAAAUUCAUUCUUAUUGCAUGGACCCUCCUCUACGGCCAUGGACAUGCAAUCAUUGCAAGGAACUUCGGAUGCUUUAUCGCACUAAUCACUAUUAGUGUGCAUCUUUCCAAGUCCCAAACAUGUUUUCAUUUUAUGAGAGAUGUUGUAAUUUUGGGGAACUUAUUCAUGCUCACAAUUUUCAGCUACAUUGUAGUAAGUUACAAUUUGUUAGUGACUUAAUUCUCAACAAGUGAAAACUUGUAGGACAAAAUCAAUGACAUGUCUUCAUUCAUAGAUAAUAUAAUAGUCUUUUUAA